CUCCGCGAGCGAGCAAUGUUGCAGUGCAGUGAGUUUAGACGUGGAAGAAUGUGACAACAGAAUGGAAUCACGGCGGAGAAAUGAUUGCAUUUCGAGAAACCACAAAGAAAGAAUGCUCUGGAGACGGGGCCCGAAGAAGCGGAGCGUUUGUUCGGACUGGUUUGGGAUGACAAACAGUGGGCGGCUGAUGCUGUAGCUGGAGGGGUUUUCGACGAUGGAAUCAUGAAGUUUAUUUUAAGUGAAUGCAGUUUAUUGUUGGACGCGAAAAAUGAUCCAAGUGUGACAUCUCGGGGUCGAGCUCGUCCUUGCGGCCUUCGAGGAUGGAUGGCGGCGAGGAAUGCUCGCAGCGAGUGCCCCGCGGAGAGGCCGAUGAAAAGCAGAGCGCUGGUGGCUCCCGGGCCGGCAUAAAGAAGUCGACUUGGCAGCGGAGCCGAGAGUCAUGUGCCUCCAUUUAAAUGAGAAGGCAAGAAAAGGGAAAAGAGACACAGUGCGAGAAGGGGAGGGAGAGGAAUACAAGGCUGAGCUAAGAGGGCCGGGGAGGCUGCCAAGCCGAGACACUUGAGGAAUGCAACAGCAGCAGUGGCGGCAGCUCUCGCAGUAAUACCAUUACAGUCAGUGCUAUCUGAGUCAGGAAAAACAGCUCAGAUAGUCCAGUCAGCAGGUCUAGUAGCCAGUGUAAACAGAUGACAGGUACCAGAGAGAAAGAGCGAAAAAUGUAAAGUUUCUGCUGGGAGAAUCCAACCGUUUUGGUGCUUUUGCGUUCCCUCCAUGCGCCCGCAGAUUGUUUGCACUCACACGUUGCUGCAUAUCUCGCGGUCGGAGCGUUUGAGACGCACGUGAUCGUUGUCUCGUCUUGUCAAACGUUUGUUCAGUGGAGGCGGCGAAGGCAUGUGCUGCGACUCCUCCAGCCCUGGCAGUUAGUUAAUAAACACAGGCCUGUCAACAGCUGCCGGUGAUGUAAUGUGGAACUUCUCCUCACUCUCCUUAUCCUCCCGCCCCACCCCGCCUCCCUGACUCCCACCACCACCACCACCCGUCUAUUUACAAGCCUCACUGGGUGUUGCUGCAGACUUCCAGCACUGCCAGCACAGAUAGUGUGUGUUUUUUAAAGAGUGUGUGUUUGUGAGUGGCUUCCCCCCACCAGUCCUCCACCCACCCACCACCACCACCACCACCAGCCCUGCAACACUUCCAGGGGAAUUUACGACAGCAUGUUUUCAGCUGCCAUCAAAGGAAAUUCCACAUCAUCAGGUUGUCUUCCCAACCAAAACACCCCCGAGAGUCUGGGAACUACAGAGCUGGAUACAGACCUGUUGAGUGGAGAGGAUCCGGCCGGCGCAGAGAGGGAAAACAUCCAGAGUGAUCAACAUGCUGCUGUUUCUCGAGCUGUCGGCGGCCUGCUGAUGAAACGCUGCCCACCACAUGAUGCUCACAUACCGAGGGCUUCCCAGGUGUGUGAAUCGCCGCCGGGCAGUGGCAGCAUGAGCAGACACCUGGAGAGGAGGGAGCGCUUAAAGAGAUUGUCUCUCGACAGCCGACUACCGGAAUACAUGGAUGCCAACAAAUGCAUCGACGAGCUCCUCAAACAGCUCGAGGAGGAGCGGCGUAAUGUCCGAAGGGAAAAGCUGGCCGUGGCUCGCCUGCAGAGGGAAGUCGCACGGAGCAAGAGCGAAGGAACAAUGCGAGAAAAGCUGAUCCACGAGCUAGAGGAAGAGCGACGUUUGCGACUGGAGAGCGAGAAGCGUCUCCGGGAAGUGACCGAGGAGUCCGAGCUGGGACGGGCGCAGAUGGUCUCACUGCAGCAGCAAUUCUCCAGGAUGGAAGAGACGGUGCGGUCGCUGCUGCAGAAUCAGAGCGUCCUGGAGCAGACUGCCGUGGACACGGUGGACAUCAUGAAGGCCUACAAGGAUAAACUCUCUGAGGAAGUGCAGAAGCAGCACGAUGGCCCCGAAGAGAACGGCUCCCCGCCGGCGACUCAGACGGAGCCAGACACCGGGCCGCCACCGAACGCCGAUCCUGAUGCCAGCCAAGCAGAAGAGGACAAAGACAAAACCAAGACCCUUCUGGAUCGCCUCAAGGCCUUGGAGGAGCGGAACUCUGCCUUGGCCUCGGAGAACGAGAGCCAGAGGGAGCAGUACGAGCGCUGUCUGGAUGAGGUUGCCAAUCAAGUUGUGCAGGCGCUUCUCACGCAGAAGGAUCUGAGGGAGGAAUGUCUGAAGCUGCGGACUCGAGUGUUCGACCUCGAGCAGCAGAAUCGGGCGCUGAGUGUUUUGUUCCAGCAGCGGAUCAAGCCCGCCUCGGACCUGCUUCUACAGAAACUCCACUCUCGGAUCAUAGAUUUAUCUGCGGCCGAUUUGCUCCUGGAGCCGGAGAGAAGCAAGGCCUUCUUGCUUUCCAGGAACACCGAGUCUCCAUCCAAUGAAGUUCAGUUGAACGGAAAGGCUGGUCUCCCUGUCGCCAAGUGUCUGAGCCAGCUGAGUCUGACGGUGCCAGCUCCUGUAUACCCACGCAGCAGCUGCAGCAGUAGUGAGUUGUCGCUGUCAAGUGCAUGCAGCGAAUUCUCCAGCGGCUCGUACACCUGGAACGAUGGACGCUCCUGUGGGAAAAUGUCAUCUCUGACCUGGGAGAAGAGGCUGAGUUUGGGUUCGUCAGCCCCGAGUAACAUCUGUGCCGCCCUGGAGGAGCAGCAGCCCACGAGGCGCAAGGAGAGCCACAUACUGGAGGGACUGAGGAAGCUUCAGAGAAGGAAACACAGGAGCCACUCUGCUUCUUCCAAGGUCUCCAAGUCAGGCUACAAAGACUGCAUGAACUCCAAUGAGGGCAUCUACUCCCUGGGUAUUAAGACUAACAGUAAAGGGGUGUCCAAACCUACCCAUGUGGGCAGAACUGUUGGGGGAAGGAGGUUUACCUAUGAUUCUGAUGAUGCUGAUGACGAAUUGGCACAAUCAGGUCAUGGAGAUAAUAUCCCCACCAAGGACAACUGGUUUUACUGUAGGAGGCUCUCCAAAAGCAUCUCGGACAGUUUGUGUAGCUGGGAUGGGAUACAGGAGAGUGGAGGUGGAGGUGGAGGUGGAGGUGAUGGUAGCUCAGGUCUCGUAGCUAUCAAACAGCCAUCUGAUUCGAAAGAGCGUCCUGAAGAACUGUUGAGUUUCAUCAACAGUUUUCUUCCCGAGGGAGGUCGGACAUCAGCUUUUAGUAAACCAUCCAAGCUGCACUUCAAGCCUCCUGACCCAGAGGUACCUAAUCACCUCUCUGACGUGGAUGAUCCAGAGGAGCUCAACUCUGAGUCCAGUGACAUCCGAAUGUCCAUGAGCCAGGCAGCAGAGCAAGCAGAGAGGGACUCUAAGAGACUGUCAAGAGAUGCUGCCAAGCUGCUCACACAACAGUGGCUGCGAAGGGACCAGGGACGGACUCAAUCUGCAGAUGGGAGGCCAAGGCCUUUCAGCCUGAUUAAAGAGCCAAAGGUGGCCAAGUCUACACAGUCUGAGGAGAGCAUUUUGACGAUAUUUGAUGCAGAAGGAGAGCCUAUUGAACUUUGUGCUCAGAAGGUCACAGCAGGUGCAGUGUCUCGACAUGAUAUUCAAGGUAGCAAGGUAGUUGCCAAUUAUGCAGAACUGGUGCCCCAAGACCGGCCCACGAGGCAAAAAUCAGCUAAUGCUAGAACCUACAGUGUUCUUGAAUCUCCAGAGAAGCUUUCUGACUGUCAGAUAAGGACUAGCAAUGGAAGCACCAGCAGGGAAGGCAGUGCUGAGAGGCUGUCAAUGCAGUUGACUCCACAGAGGAAACUAAUCAAACCACCAAGCAGCCGAUCUAGUAAAGGUCAUUCCAUCCCUCCCAUGAAUGAUCCUGCUGGUCCAAAGUCCAAUGGUUCAAAGAUACCUGGUCGUAACAAACCUUCAGCAUCCCCACUGAGGGUGUCUAAAGCCACCACCACUGAACCAAGUAAUAGUGGGAACUUGGGGCCCUCUGGUCAGGAGAAAUCCCCCUCCUCUCCUACAGUCAAAAUAUCCAAGUUCAUCAAGACACAGAGCCCAAAGGCAGUAAAUUCCAAGCUCCCCAGCAGGGCUGAAUUCACUAAGGGCUCCUCCUCUGGUUCCCCACACCUCGCAAGGAGGCACCUGGAGUAUGCUGACAAUGGCGAACAGCCAACUAGAGACAAACACUGUGAAACCAGCAAAAAUAAACUCAGGUCCCCAUCCCCUCCACCUCCCCCCGGCCGCACCACCUCUUUACUGAUCAGACCAAAUUAUGAAGGCUCUCCUCAAGCACAUAAAACAUGGGUGGCUCAACCAUCCACACCAACCACUGUGAGGGGCCCUCCCCCGAGUUACCACACCUCACUUUUACCAAAUAUGCAAUCUACGCUUCCCAUCAAGGACAAAGACUGUUUAGAUUUGGAUGCAGGCUACGGGACUGCACUUGCACCUCAGAAACUGGUUGAUAAAACCGGUCAGCACCUUCAAAAGUCCCCUGCCACGACUCAGACACCUACUAAAGGCACUCCCAAGAGGAUGACCACAAAAGACUACCUCCCUUCUGCAAACUCAGGGUGUGCUCCAGAAACUGAAAAUGCACCUAAAAGCUCAAAGAAUGUCCCUCCUCCCUACAGUGCCCUCAGAGGGUCCUCGCUUCAGAACUCAUUUGCAAGUAAAAGAGGAUCAGCACAAGAAAAUGUCCAUCACACAGUGCAGAAGGCCUCCAUUAGUUUACCUAUAUCAAUACAGGACAGCCCUCAAGGUAAAACUGAACCACAAAAUGGUAAAACUGUAGUCAGCCCACCAGGUGCGGUCGUCCUGUCCCCAAACUCAGCGGAAAAAACCUCAAAGACCCGCAUCCCAAUGGGUUUUAAAGCAUUUUUAAAAUCUCCCCCGAGCCAUAAAAAUAGUCCCUCUAUUCCAGGCAAGCAAGAGAAAGAUCAUAUCAACUCAGUCUCCAGGGAAACUGUGACAUCUAAUGCUUCUAUCCAAUGUGAGAGCUUGCAGCCAGUGUGCACUGAGCCACCCAAUAUGUCCGUUAAAGAGGGUAAAGGUGAGGUCCAGUGUCGGUUACUGGAAGAGGAAGUUCCAGCUGAGGUGGGGGAUGCUUGUGAGAAAGGAAAAAGGAGUAGUCAACUUUUCUCUCGAUCCAUAUCCGUUACGACCAAACCUCAUCUGAAGCCGGCUUUGGGGAUGAAUGGGGCCAAAGCACGCAGCCAGAGUUUCAGCACCAAUUACAUUGAGAAACCCAGCAUCAAUGUUGUAGAAGGACCGGGGAAAAUCCGAACUCAGAUCAUCACCAACUCUGGUGAAAGGGGGAACUCUUUGUCAAGACAGAGUUCCUUGGAGGUACCCAGUGUUGGGUUGGCUGAAAGUCCUGUCCAUUCCCCCAGGACUAGGCUUAGCCUCUAUGGUGGUAUGACUGGGUCAAAUAGUCACAACAUUCUCCCUGAGAGGACUUCUAAAUCUGGCUCCAAAAUCGAGGGGUCACAGGGCAUGACGAAGGUGGAGGCAGUCAUCUCGCCUUCUCAUAAAGAGGUGCGAAGCUUACCCAUCAGCGAUAGGACUGGUUUGAGCAACAUCCGUAAGCCAGCAAAAGUUGCAUCUCAUCCACAGUUUCAACCUCCGUCCUAUGUCUACAGUUCACAAAACCAAGUACGAGAGACAGGAGUUGUGCCCCCAAAUGAGCCAGACUUUAGCAGAGAGGUCAAAACCCUGACAGACUCCCCAAACAAAGCCCCAGAUAUGGAUGAGAAAAAGAUGAGCCCAACAGGCUGCACUAUUGAGGAGAAAGUCAUGAUGGGAAUCGAAGAGAAUCUACAGAAAUGUCAGGAGCAGGAGAAGGUUGCAUCCAUCGAGACCAAACAGAAAACAGGCCCCUCUCUGGCAAACUGGUUCGGCCUCCGUAAGAGCAAACUCCCAGCCCUGAGUGGUAAGAAAGUGGAGUCUCCCAAGGGAAAAGAGGAGAAGAAAGAACUGAAGAUCGGAUCGGUGCUCGGAGGCAAACAGAUCAAGGCCGACAAGAAGAAGGACAAGAAGAAAAUUGAUAACCAGCAGAAAGACAGUCCGGAGGUGCAGAAUCUGUCUGAGGUGAACAACAAGCUGAGCUCCAUCAUGGACCACUGCAACAAUCAGAUGGGUCAGAUUGCCAGUCAGAUCCAGUGUACAACAGCCUUUAUCGGCAAAGACCAGUUCGUGAAAGAGCUUCUCGGCAGGAACGCUGUGAAGGGCAACUGUGUUGCUGCAUCGUCGCCUGGGAUCUCCACACCCAAGAAACACGGCGAAAUGAAGGGAGAUAUGGAGAUCUGCUCCGAUACUGCUACCAUUCUACUGACUCAGAAGAUCAACAUGAGGGCUGAAAAAGAGGAGGGACGCAUCCAAGACACAGUUUGUCAAGAUCACAUGAUAGGCUCUGGUUGUCAGAUGAGAACCCUGGACAGCGGGAUCGGCACCUUCCCUCUCCCCGAUUCCGUCACCCGGGCCAGCGGUCGCCACAUCCCUAAAUCUGAAUCCAGCCCCGAUGGGGUGACCGCCGGCUCGUCCGAGCUUGAUCGGGAGCCUCCCUGUUCCCACCCAGACCCCUCACAACCUGAUGUGAAAGUGCCUUCCCUCCCAAAAACCCGCCUGCAUGCCCCUAUAGGCAUGGGUCACUCCCUGUCCGACCCAAGUGUGACCGGCAGCAACAACGCACAAGACAUUCAGAGCCGGCUGCCCAAAUUCGCAACUUCAGAUGCAAUCAGGACGAAAAGGUUGAGUCUCGGCGCUCCUCGCAGCCACACCUCCAACACCUCCAAGGACAGCGAGAAAAAAACAGAGAUGCCCGGUGAAAGAGCUCUGCAAGUGUGCACGUACUCGGGCAGCAGCAGCGACACGGAGACUGAACUCGAGGAAACCGGAAGCACUUUGGGCUCGCCGCAAAGGACCCUGAUCCACCGAGCCAAGAAGCGCGACUCAGUGGACCGGAACGAGGAGACCCUGAAGAGGAGCAGCGUGGAGAAAUCCUUGUCAAUCAUGGACUACUACCAACACGAUGUGUUUACACAUCUGGAGAAGGACAGCAGGAGGAUCUCCCAGUACAACUUGUUGCACAAAGAGUCAUCCCUCGACAGCACGGCAGGAGAAAGACUAAGUAAGGAGAUUCCCAUGGAGAAGACGCCCGUCAGCGCAAACCAGCCGGGCUCUCUCGACUUCUCCUUGGAGUCCCUGAACAAGCUGAAUCACAGCAGCUCCAGCAGCGGCAGCUUGUACCCGGACAGCCGCAGAGGCGACUGCCACGCAGACGCAGGGAAGAGCGGCGAGGACUGCUGCAAGGUGGACGAGCCCUCCUCCUCCAGCUUCUCGAGCAAGCCCGGGGCGGAUCCCGUGGGCUCGCUCAGUGACUCGCUGUACGACAGCUUCUCCUCCUGCACCAGCCAGGGCUCAAAUGAUGUAUAGGGGCAAUGAGUUAGAAGGCGGGGCUGUAGUCCCGUGGAUGUCUCAAGUCUGACUCUGACAACAGGUCAAGUUCUUGACCCUUACCAAGUUUUUCUUUCCCUUUUCAGUACUCCUUUUCUCUUGUUUGGAUGUUGAGGGGUACUGCAGGGCGUUGGAGUGGAUUUCCGGGUUGAUUUUCCAUCUCUGUUGAACCUCAAAGUUGCACAAAGGAAUUCUGGUUGAUUGUUGAGUCUCUGAGGUCGUCACAUAGGAACGCUUCCAACUGAUGGCUAAUCAGAUAUCAAAGUAUUGGAUUAAUUAUUUGUCAAAUACUGAUGCUUUGGGUUGGUGGUUCAUCAAGUAAUGAGGCUUUGAGUUGGUUGGUGGUUUGACAAAUGCCUUAGCUUUGGGUUGGCGACACUUUAGGUGGGUUGUUUGUCAAGCACUGAUGCUUCUUGUUCUGCUGACUGUUAAUUAAAUAGCAAGGUUCUGGGUCAGUAGUCAAAUACCAACAAAUAACACUUUCUGUUGGUGAUCCGGACCUGGACGCCAACCCACAGUACUGGGAGCCUAAUUGACUACCAGGGAAUGAGACUCAACAACAAUCCCAAAUUGAUUUUUGCACCUAUUAGAACCCUGUGAGCAUUAGUUUUUGCUUUGGUCUGGUCUUGAUUCGAGCCUGGACUAACGUGGUCUUGAGUACAGCCCUGCCCCUCGCUACUUUCAACACGAAGCACUUAGUGGAGCCGGAGACACGAGGAUGAAAAACCUCAACCCUGAACACCAAACCAGGACUUUUUAAUACUUUGGAUGCGGUGGACUGGACAGCAAUACUCAACGUUGUCGAAUUGCAAUUCUUAGUUAUCUUUUUCCCCCCUAUGCUGGGGAACGUCUUAUCAUUGCACUGUAAGAAAUACUGUACAAAGUUUGUAAGGAGUGUAAAGUGAACGAUUAUUCAAGCAGUGAUAAGCGGGGCGUCUUCUGGGAGGGCAACGUUGGUGUGUAGCUGCAACGAAACUGUUGCUUUGAUUGCAUUCCUGUUUGCUAGGAAACUAGAUUUAAAAACUAAGGUGUCAUUUUUUUUUUAAUGUCUGCUGCUAUGUAUGUUGCCCGUUGAAGUUGCUCAUGUAACACACCUGGUUCAUCUUUGUCUACCUUUUUGUUUUUGAAGCGAUAUUUUUCGCAAGGACGUCACAAAUCGCGACAGGAUUUGCGUUUCUUUGUUCACUUUUACUCAUCGUUCAAGGUUAAAACUGCUGCCAAUCUCGUCUUUGUCUCGUUAUUUUGAGCAGUUAUGCAAACGAAACACAAAAUUUGCAAAAGAAACGUCUUGAAAAUGAUCCAACGAUUCGCUAACAAAACUCUCUAAUAAUGAUGAUUUUCCUUUCAGUGUCAUUGUUGGUAGCUCAGGGAACAUACUGGACUAAUGUAGAUUGUAAGAUUUUCAGAUGCAGCCAUCAGGAAAAAAAAAAAAAAAACACUCAAAUAAUAUUCUGUUGUUUUUGAGUUCCUGAUGCAAAAAAAAAAAAAACUCCUCCAGAAUCCAAACAGUCUCAGUUUGUCGUCUCAUGUAGCGUAGCGUACCUGAACUCUCCAAAACCUCAAGUUGUUCCUUUUCAUAGUUGUACAUUACGUUGUAUAUAGAAACCUCUAUAAGUUAAUAUCAGAACAGGGCAUUGCUGAUUGAUAUAUGCAAAUGAGAAAAAAAAAGAAAAAAAGAUUGUUUGUCAAUCAUUCAACCAAGGUUAUUAAGUCUACUGUUUGAACAUGGCAUGUAUCUUUUUUUUUUGGUUCCUUUAUGGGUUCUUCUUUAGAAAAAAUAGAAAAAUAAAUUAAAAAAAAUCUUUAUUUUGAUCGAUAAGAGCUAAUACUAAAAUAUUUUAUCACUUUAUUUUCGAGACAUAUUUGAACUUUUUAGGUGAAGUUAAUGCCAAAAUCUCUAUCUGGAGUCCGACCAGCUGGUGCUAAUCAACAGAGCCGACUGUGUGUUUUCAGUUUGUUUUUUUUUUCUAUGAAACUUGUUAAUAUUGUAUGAAGAGAGUCUGAAGAGGACUUGUGUAUUUUUCUAGAUGUCCAGUAUUUAUACCCACAUUUUGUACUGUCAGACUGUAGUGUGACUGUCAUGCUUCACCUCUCUCCUUAAAUGUUCCUGGUUCCUUUGUAAAGAGAAAAAUGGUUACCAGCAGUGUUACUUUGGUAAUUAUUAUUAUUAUUAUUAAUGUUAUUGUUAUUAUUAUUAUUAUUAUUACUGUGUGCAAUUUUGUCUGUUACACCAGACUUUAAUGCUAUAUUUUAUGUAACUAUUUCCUAAAUAAAUAUGAGAAACUAUUUCCUAUUUCAAACUGA